AAUUAGACGCUCACUCCUCCAGUCCCGCUGCAACGGCCACUCGCAACUCCAUCACGUCCAACUCUCGGGACUCAAGACUUUCGCUUUCAAAGGGGGAGCUGCUGUUUCUUCACAAACCCCAACAUUAAAAAAAAAAAAACAGAAAAAAAAACAAACAAAAAGCGGCAUCGGAGCAUCGGGGGGCUCAAGGCGCUCGGGACACCCACUUCAGAUCGUUGAAGCGUUCGCUUGAAAUCGCUCCUCAUUCAAUGGGUCCGCGUGCAGUGCUGCUCUACUCUCUGUUCGGAGUUCUCCUCGGCCAAGAGCAGAUCUUGAUAGAGGACUGCUGUAAAGAUGGACAGAGGCGUGGCAAUGAUAACGAGGACUGUGCAUCCCUCCCUCUCAUCUCCGAGUCUACCACAUGCAGGAUAGUGCAGGAGCAGUGCUGUGUAACAGUGCUUGAGGAUAACAUGUGCACCACUGGCAUCAACUUGGCCAAAGACCAAGGGGCCUGUGAUUCUUUAUUCGCCAACACCUGCGAGACCAAGACUACAAAGAUGUGCUGUGACUGUUGUCUCCUGGGGAAGGCGGCCCAGGAGCAGGGCCUACCCUGUGAUCACAGCCUCACUGUGGGCUACCAGUGCGGCCUAGUGUCCCGUGCCUGCUGCGUGGAUGGAGCCCCAGAUAACCAGACGGCACCCGCAGGACAAACUGAGUUACCAAACAAGGAUGCAACCAAUGAAAAUGGAGAUAAUUCAGUAUUAAGUGAUCAGUGUGAAGGCAAAUGUGUUCAUCGCUGUGUCAGCAAUGACACUUGUGCCUGUUUCAAAGGCUACAAACUCAAACCAGAUGGAAAGAACUGUGAGGAUAUCAACGAGUGUUUGCUGGGAGCCAGCAACUGUCGGAGAGGAGAGCGUUGUAUCAACACCGUGGGCUCGUUUCGUUGCCAGAGGGAGGUCAGCUGCGGGACUGGCUAUGAACUCACUGACAACAACAAUUGCAAAGAUAUUGAUGAGUGUGAUACUGGUAUCCAUAACUGUGGCCCAGAGUUUGAGUGCCAAAACACCCAGGGGUCAUUCCGUUGUGUUCCUAGGGUCAAGUGCGGGGCUGGCUUUAUCCAGGAUGCCCUGGGCCACUGCAUUGAUAUCAAUGAAUGUGUUAGCCAGGUGGGUCCGUGCCAAAGAGGGCAGGUCUGUAUCAACACAGUUGGCUCCUACAUCUGCCAGCGGAACUCUGUUAACUGUGGUCGAGGAUACCACCUUAACGAAGAGGGCACACGCUGUGUAGAUAUUGAUGAGUGCAGAGGCCCUGAAAAGGUCUGUGCAGGUCAUGGUUGUGUCAACCUGGUGGGCUCCUACCGCUGUGAGUGUGACACUGGCUACAUCUUCAACAGCAUCAGCCGGGUUUGUGAAGAUAUUAAUGAAUGCAGGCACUACCCUGGCCGCCUGUGUGCUCAUAAGUGCGAGAACAGUCUGGGAUCUUACAAGUGUAGCUGCACAUCAGGGUUCAAGCUCGCUGCUGAUGGCAGGAAUUGUGAUGAUCUGAAUGAAUGUGAGACCAACCCAUGCAGUCAAGAGUGUGCCAACGUGUAUGGCUCCUACCAGUGUUACUGUCGGCGGGGAUACCAGCUCAGUGACAUCGAUGGCAUGACUUGUGAAGAUAUAGAUGAGUGUGCCCUGCCUACUGGAGGUCAUAUUUGCUCCUAUCGCUGUCACAACACGCCUGGCAGCUUCCACUGUUCCUGUCCUGUCACUGGCUAUACUUUGGCACUCAAUGGGCGCAGCUGCCAGGAUAUUGAUGAAUGUGUGACGGGAACACACACAUGCAAAGAGAAUCAGAGCUGCUUUAACGUUCAGGGAGGAUUCAGAUGCCUGUCCUUCGAGUGUCCCAACAACUACCGGCGUGCUGGAGAAGCUCGAUGUGAACGCUUGCUUUGCAAUGAGUCUGUCGAGUGCCUGGCCAUGCCCCUGAGAAUAACCUACUACCACCUCACCUUCCCCACCAACAUUCCCGUCUUCACCAACAUCUUCCGCAUGGGCCCCUCCCACACCGUGCCUGGCGAUGACAUCCAGAUUGCUAUCACUGCUGGCAACGAGGACGGUUUCUUCAAGACGGAACAGAUGCCCACAGGUGGCGUGAUGUCAGUGGCAAAACUCAUCAACAAGCCGCAGGACUUUGAUCUGUCUCUGGAGCUAAGGCUGCGUCGCUACGGCACGAUCAGCACAUACCUGGCUAAAGUGCUGGUGUUUGUUACCCAGGAGGAGCCCAGAGUACCUUAUAAUCCCCUAAUAGAAUAAACACAAGUUUUAUGUAAGUUUAUAUGAGUUACUACACUCUAAAAAAGGAUGUGUCAUUUUAAAUGAAUUAUCUCGUGGAGAAAACACAAAUUUAUCCUCAACACUAAAUGCAUGCAAUGUGAACAUACAGUGUGUUGAUAGCAUAGCACGGUGAUGCAGUCUAGGCUAUGUUGUAACACAUAAAUGGUUGCAGAACAUACUGCAUAGAGAUAUAUGCAGUUAAAUAUAAUAUUGUUUGGAAAUACAAUUAUUCGCCUUCUUGCCAAGAGACAGACGAAAAGACUGACACCGCUGUCAUGUCUGUACAAUAACUAAGAUGCUACCACCAGCAGUUGGCUAACUUAGCUUAGCAUCAAGACCGGAAACAACUAGCAUAGCUCUGUCCAAAGGAAACAAAAUCUGCCUAUCGGCACCUCUAAAGCUCACUGAUCUGUUUUUUGGGGGAUUAUAUGUAGGACUUUUUCUUGGCUGGGCACAGUGACAUUCUGUACCUCUUAAACAAAUUUUACAUUUUUGAAACAACUACAAACCAACGGACAAAGAGGCUUCCCCCAUUUUUCUGAUCAAUUAUCAAGCCCGGUUUUCUCAACGUCACUUUAAGAAAAAUAACUUAAAAUGGAAAUGACUCUGUCCCACACUAAACGUAUGUUAAAAAUGGCACAUCAUUUUUUAAGAGUGGAUAUGAAAAAAAAAAACAAUUAACAUCCAAAAAUCAGAAGGAAGCGCAGUUUUUAGUUUUUUAGCAUUUUACAUAAUUAACUUUUUGACACUAGAAUUGACGAUCAUUAUUCAGCAGUAUAAAUUAAGCCCAAUUGAAUGUAUCUUCUUGGAGGUAAGGCAUUGUGAUAGCCGCUAGGUGGCGUUCUAGGUCAGGGUAACUUUUAUAAUGGUAACGACCCAAGUCUUCCUACAACUAAGUGUAAUUUGAUGGCGGUUGCAUGAUAAAGUCUGACGUUUUGCAGUAUUUUAUGGUUUAUGUGUUGGAUGAACAGUUUUCUAUUAAAAUUGAAAUAGAAAUAACA